ACGCGACUCUCCAGUGCUUACUCUUAGAAAUCUGGAGAGAGCGUUAGCCCCGCCCUGUGCCUUUCUCUUCCUCUUCAGUCUGUCGUCGCCUCGUUCGGGCUCGUUUAUUAUGGCGGUUUUAGAAGUAUGGAAUCGGUGUUACGCCUCGCAUCGCUGAGCUUCUCUCUGGUUUUACAGCUUGUUGAAAGAAGGGAUGCUAAUAAAAGCACAAAAAUGGAGGAAAAGGCGUUAGAAGUUUACGAUGUGAUCCGAUCGAUCCGGGACCCGGAGAAACCCAACACACUGGAAGAACUGGAGGUGGUGACUGAGAAAUGUGUGGAGGUCCAAGAUCUGGGAGAGGACGAGUACCUGAUCAUCAUCAGGUUUUCCCCCACCGUCCCUCACUGCUCCCUCGCUACUCUCAUUGGUUUAUGCCUCCAGGUGAAGCUGCAGCGCUGUUUGCCUUUCAAACACAAGCUGGAAAUUUACCUUUCCGAAGGAACCCAUUCUACAGAGGAAGACAUAAACAAACAGAUCAAUGAUAAGGAGCGAGUGGCCGCCGCUAUGGAGAACCCCAACCUCAGAGAGAUCGUGGAGCAGUGCGUGACGGAACCAGACGACUGAGCUUCUGUGUGUCUGAUCAAAGUCUCAGUCUGAGCAAAGUGUUGGAUGAAGUUGGACCUUUUUGACUCAGAAGAAGAACCCGUUUUUUGUCCUUUUUUUGGGGUGGAGGAAGGUGUGCGUGUGUGUGUGUGGGGGUUUAAACACCUCCGUUAUGAUGCAAGAAUAAAAAUGAUGACAAAAGUUUUCAGGAGAAAAUGCUUGAGAAGUUUGGAUCUUAGUAAAAAUGACUUGUACUUUCAGAUUUUAUACAUGAAUUAAAGCUGUUGUGUGUCA